AUGGCAGCCGCCAGCGGAGAUGCUUCAAAUGAUGGAGGCUCGAAGACUUUGAAUGAGCAUUUGUAUAAAGUCCUUGUUAUUGGUGAAUUCGGCGUCGGAAAGACUUCUCUCAUCAGAAGAUACACAGAAGGUUAUUUUUCACCUAAUUAUAAACUGACUAUUGGUGUUGAUUUUGCUCUGAAGUCUAUCGAAUGGGACAAUUCAACGAAAGUCAACCUUCAGUUAUGGGAUAUAGCUGGCCAUGAAAGGUUUGGUCACAUGACACGGGUCUACUACAAAUAUGCAAUUGCCGCUAUAAUCGUGUUUGACCUAUCGAGGCCUGCCACAUUCGACUCAGUGCUUAAGUGGCUUGAGGAUGUCAACUCCAAAGUGAUGCUUUCCAAUGAGGAACCUGUUCCAGUGUUAUUGUUAGCAAAUAAGUGUGACAUUGAAGAUGUGAGUAUUGAACAUGACAAACUGAACUCCUUCUGCAAAGAAAAAAAUUUUGUCGGUUGGUUCCAAACUUCAGCCAAGACAAAUCAAAAUGUUGAUGAUGCGAUGAAUUUCCUUGUGGACCACAUUUUGUCUCUACCCAGCGGAGCGAAACAGCCUAGUGAGCACAUGUCCAUAACGACCUCUAUCACAAACUCCACUGAAGAUUCCACAUUUGACGGUGUCGAUGAUUACUCAGGGAACAGGUCAAACAGUUGUUGUAACUAAGAAAUGUCCAUCAAAAUGAGAGGAAUCUAAAUAUUUGGCUUGUAAAUGUUCUGUGGUUGUGAAACCAAGUGCAGUGCUUUUAAUGUAAAUGGGGAAAACAUGCUUCACCUUUGUUUCUUUUCCAGCAAUGGUAAAGAAAAAGCAAUCUUCUCCACUCUUCGGUGACCUGCUACAUCAAUUACCAAUAUAUACAAAAUGCUUUUUCUAUCCUAUCUUCAGGCAUGUCAUUUUUCCUCACUGUUAUUAGGUAGCGUAAACACGGCCUCACGGCCUUCCGACCGCGUUGUAUCCGUGAAAUCGGGGUAAUUCCGAUUGCA